GCACGAUGUGGAGUUGGACAUGUCCUGACCGCUAGCUGAAGUACUAUGAAGAGAAAAGGCUUUAUUUAAUUACGAAACGCAUGGUCUCGUCGAGACCUUCGGAGCUUGAACUGAACAAUAAUUUAAAAUGUUUACAUGAAGAUAGCAGGCGGUUGUCGCUUUCUUUUUACUGACUGACUGGCCUGACUGUUGUGGAGCAGGGCUGCCUUAUUAGCCAGUCAAGAUGGACACCGCUGAGGAAGCGGACAUCUGUCGGGUAUGUCGGUCGGAGGGUAGUCAGGACAAGCCCCUCUUCCACCCCUGUGUCUGUACUGGCAGCAUCAAGUUUAUCCAUCAAGAAUGCUUACUGCAGUGGUUGAAACACAGCAGAAAAGAAUACUGUGAAUUAUGCAAACACAGGUUUGCAUUUACACCAAUUUACUCUCCAGACAUGCCAUCCCGCUUGCCUGUCCAGGACAUCUUUGCAGGGCUGGUCACCAGUAUUGGAACAGCCAUCAGAUACUGGUUCCAUUAUACACUGGUGGCCUUUGCCUGGCUAGGGGUGGUGCCUCUGACAGCAUGUCGUAUCUACAAGUGUUUAUUUACCGGCUCUGUGAGCUCUCUCCUUACGCUGCCAUUAGAUAUGCUUUCAACGCAAAACCUGCUUGCUGACUGCCUCCAGGGCUGUUUUGUGGUCACUUGCACGCUGUGCGCCUUCAUCAGCCUGGUGUGGCUUAGAGAGCAAAUAGUCCACGGUGGCGCUCCCCAGUGGUUAGAGCAGAAUCAACUGCCUCUGGUUCCUAACCAGCAGAACGGCCCUGCAGCAGCUAAUGAGGUUCCUGGUGCUAACGCUGGCGUCAACGCAGAGGCUGCCGCAGAAGCCCCGGCCCCUGCAGACCCCGCCCCAGACGGGCUGCCUCCCGCCGACCCACCUGAAGCUGGCAGAGAUGAAGCCGAACUUGACGAUGAGGACGAUGAUGGGGAGGAAGACGAAGAGGAGGAGGACGAUGAGGAAGGCAGGGAGGAGGACGCUGCUGAUGCCAAUAACGGAGGACAAGAAGAUUUGAACUGGAAUGCCCUGGAGUGGGACCGCGCAGCAGAGGAGCUGACCUGGGAGAGGAUGCUUGGGCUGGAUGGCUCUUUAGUUUUUUUGGAGCAUGUGUUCUGGGUGGUUUCUCUCAACACCCUCGUCAUCCUCGUCUUUGCUUUUUGCCCGUAUCACAUUGGCCAUUUCUCCGUGGUUGGACUGGGCUUUGAAGAUUAUAUCAAAGCUUCCCACUUCGAUGGACUCGUCACCACCAUACUGGGGUACAUCCUCCUGGCUGGAAAUCUCAUACUCUUCCAUGCGUUUGCUUCAUUAGUAAGGUUCCAGCGAUGCAGACGUCUCGUGGGUGUCUUCUACAUCGUCGUCAAGGUGUCCUUGCUGGUUGUCAUGGAGAUAGGCUUGUUCCCGCUGAUUUGUGGCUGGUGGCUCGACAUUUGCUCACUGGAAAUGUUUGAUGCGACUCUGAAAGACAGGAAGCAGAGUUUCGACUCGGCCCCCGGUACCACCAUGUUCCUCCACUGGCUGGUGGGCAUGGUCUACGUCUUCUACUUCGCCUCCUUCAUCCUGCUGCUCCGAGAGGUGCUCCGGCCCGGCGUGCUGUGGUUCCUGAGGAACCUGAACGAUCCAGACUUUAACCCGGUGCAGGAGAUGAUCCACCUGCCCAUCUACCGACACCUGCGCAGGUUCAUCCUCUCUGUGGUGGUGUUUGGCUCCAUAGUUCUGCUGAUGCUUUGGCUUCCUAUACGAAUCAUUAAACUGCUCUUCCCAAACUUCCUGCCCUACAACGUCAUGCUUUACAGCGACGCCCCCGUCAGCGAGCUGUCGUUGGAGCUGCUGCUGCUUCAGGUGGUGCUGCCAGCGCUGCUGGAGCAGGGCCACACCCGCCAGUGGCUCAAACGCCUCAUCCACGCCUGGACCUUCACAACUGGAUACAUGCUUGACCUUCACUCCUACCUGCUGGGAGACCAUGAAGAUGAUGAUGAUGAUAAUCCAAACAACAACCCUCCCGAUCGCCAUAACAACAGGUUCCCUGGCCUGGGGGAGGGGCUUCACGCUGCCCAUCAGGCCAUUCUGCAGCAGGGCGGUCCUAUCGGCUUCCAGGCGUACCACCGGCCCGUCGACUUCUCCCUCAAGAUCGUCCUCCUGGUCGUCUUCAUGUGUGUGACGCUGCUGCUGGCUAGUCUGCUCUGCCUCACACUGCCGGUGUUUGCUGGCCGCUGGCUGAUGUCGUUCUGGAUGGGCAGCGCCCUGGUUCACGAGCUGUACACGGCGGCCAGUGGCCUGUACAUCUGCUGGCUGUCCAUCCGAGCCGCCACCGUGGUGCUGUCCUGGAUGCCCCAGGGGCGCACCAUCAUCCUGAUCAAGGUCCACGAGUGGAGCCUCAUGAUCCUAAAGACCCUCGUUGUGGCCGUGCUGUUGGCCGGGGUGAUCCCUCUGCUGCUGGGUCUGCUGUUCGAACUGGUCAUCGUCGCUCCUCUCAGAGUGCAGCUGGACCAGACGCCUCUCUUCUACCCCUGGCAGGACUGGGCCCUGGGCGUGCUUCAUGCUAAAAUCAUCGCUGCCAUCACACUGAUGGGCCCCCAGUGGUGGCUCAAAACCGUCAUCGAGCAGGUGUACGCUAACGGUAUCCGCAACAUCGACCUCCACUUCAUCGUGCAGGGUCUGGCGGCCCCCGUCAUCUGCGUCCUGCUGCUGUCUCUCAGUGUUCCCUACACCAUCUCUAUAGGCAUCACACCACUUAUUGGUGUGACACCAGAGAUGCAGACGCUGGUGGAGCGGAGGAUCUAUCCCCUCCUGAUGAUGGUGGUCAUUCUGUUGGCCGUCCUGUUCUUCCAGAUACGACAGUUCAAACGCCUCUACGAGCACAUCAAGAACGACAAAUACCUGGUGGGGCAGUGUCUGGUGAAUUAUGAGCGCAAGAACGGCAGGAGGAUGUCCACCUCCUCGCACAGCUCCCCCUCUUAAACGCUGGAGCUGACUCGCUCUGCACAGCGCUGAGAUCUGAGUUUCCCUCAGCUCCCGUGGUGAAACUUUUUUUAUAGUUUGCUCCGUGCUUGGCUGUCAAAUGCCAACUUCAAACAAUCUCUAAACGUUCACCUGCAGCCUAGUCUUCUUAUUCAACUACUGCUGUGAGACAUUGAGGAGUGAAGACAAACAAUUCUUCAUGGAACAUUUCAAUUUCGAUGAGCUCAUCACAAAAGCUGUGGACUGUCCGCCCUAUUUAAUGUGUUUUUGUCUGAGCUGACAUUUUAAGCUGUAAUUUUAUAAUUUUUUGAAAUAGGUUUGAAGUAAGGUCAGUUGAGCACAGCUUUUACCUCAGAUUGUUCUUCCCUUUGAAUGCGUGUGGUGAAAUGUCGUCCAGCUCACACUGAAGUGUCUCUUAACUGGACGUUUUUGACAUUUCAGAGCUGCUGAGGCGAUAUUUGCACGGGAACGCCUCUGCGUUUCCGUUUCGAUUGUUGAUUCGUCUCAAAUGACACCCUUCAUCAAAUUGAGGUUGUCAGUGAUAAUGAGGGACAUGAAGAUGUAGCAUUGUGAUUGUGUUUUUUCUUUUUUUAGAUGUUUUUAUUAGACGUGUUUUUUAAAUUCAUUUGUAGUGUUACAUUUCUGGAGUGUGCUGUUAGAUGAUAACAAGGAGUAAAGAAGGAACAUUUUAUUUUUUGACACUCUGGAAACAGCCGAGGACAUGUUUUUUUCUUAAGAUGUUCUCAUUUUAAAAACAGUCUGGAAUGUGUAGUACGUUCCUACAGGAGAGGAGAGGUCAUUAAGUGAGGUUUUUUACAAAAAAUGUAACUGGAAAAACAGCCUCACAACCUUUCUGCCUGUGUUACAUCCAAGACUGACACUGAUUUUACAGAAAUAUUUAUUCUGAUGGAUGAAAAAUAUUGCUGCUAAUUAGCUGUUCCAACAACUUUAUGAACGCUGAAUUUCCCUGCGGAGAGAAAGUGAACUAUACAGACUACUGCAUGAAUACUACUUACUCAAAAAACGUUUCCACGUAUGCAGACAUAAUUAAAACAACUCAUAACAUUUAUAAAUGAUUGGCAGUUACAUUUUCCCGUAAAACUAUUUAGGCGACUUCUUGUUUACACAGUCGAUUGCUUUUGAUUGGAUGAAGCAAAUUGUUUCCUAGCAAAUGCUUAAUCAUUACUGAGGUCUUCACUAGUUAAGAUCUUCCUUAUGUUUCACUGGUGCAACCUAAUUUAGUAAACUACUUGGGUUUGAAAUCAUUAUAUAAGAAAUUAUGAAGGAUUUUACACAAUCAAGGAAAAGGGGUUAGCUGGUCCAACCCAGUCUUACCCAUUUCCCCUGAAAGCUAAUGUUUUUUUCACCUUUCGCAGAUUUCACCUGCAAGCCUCCUCUAAAGUCCGCUGCUCAGAUUUUUACCAGCCUAAAAUUAUAUAUAAAAAAGAAAACCAAAUGAUAAAGUGGGGAAAUCCUUAGUGGCUUAUACGACUCUGAGAACUAAUGGCCAACUGAAGAACAAUGUUGGAGAAAAAAAAACUGCCAAAACAUGCAUAGAAACAAGAGUGAAUACAAAUUCACAUUCACUUUAAGUUCUAAACAAGCUUCUGUUAGAUAUUAAAGGGGUACUCUGGUAUUUAGGAUUUGACCAUGUGUAUAUGACAGGAAACAGUCAACUCACUCAGCACAGUGUACGAAGAUGGUUAGCUUAGCUUAGCAUAACGUCUGUAAAUUGUAAAAAUAAUAGCCUGGAUCAGUUCACUAAUUAAGGUGUUGUAAAAAAAUAAAAUCUUUUCACAAAGGGUUAGAUGCUGGAAUUAUGUCUUAGCAGGGGGCACAAAUUUAAAAAAUAAAGAAAAUUGAGGUUCGGAUCAUUUCAGUUUUGAUGGACACUUGGGUGAUCCCAAUGCAAGUUUCAGAACUUUCAGUCAGAAGUUAUAUUUCUAAUCACUCUAAAAUAAUUGAUUUCAUAAAAUAUCAAGGGUGUUGGGGCAUACAUAGCAUAGUUUAAAUGAAAAUAACGAGCAUUAGCCAUUUAUAUCAAACUACCAAUAGAAACAGAUCUUAUUCUCCAACAGGUUCUUUCUUCUCCACUUUUAUUUCUUAAGGGGGACAAUAAUGGUCUGGUAGUAAAGUUUAGCUUUUCUCAUGCAAUUGUUUGAAUGUGUUGCUGCACUUUAUACCACAGUUUGCAAUUAUUUCAGAAUCCAUUGAAACACAAUCAACACAUUUGAUUUCCCUCCCACUGACACAUAAAGAUAAAUCAGUAUUUCACUGUGGUGAUUUUGCACAAUGGGUUUGACUUAAAAGAUGAUUUGUUUUUGACACUGCAUUUGUGUUUCAUGUGGAGUUUAGCAAACAACCUGCUUUUCUAUUGAUAUGGAUUGUAAAUGAUGUUAACUUUAGUGCCGACGGCUGUAGUGCUGCUUUGUGGAAUGCUCACAUUAGAUACAUGACGCUAUAAAGUGACCUUUAGGUAUCUUCCUGAACUGAGCUGGACACUUCGAAUUUUGGUCUUCAAUUUCAAUUUCUAGAAGCAAAUGAUUUCUAUUUUUAUAUGUGCAAAAUAAGGCAGUGGCAUGUACUGUAUCAUAGAGGUAUAUGCUUUAAGGUCUAUCAAAUGUUGGUUCAGUAAUAUGAAGCAAUAAAAAAAUUGUUGAAAUUA